AUGGCGGACGUAUCGGGCAGCAAUGGUGAUACGGCGGGUCCCGUGGGGAAGGAGGCGGUGGAUCGAAUGAUCCAAGAGAACAACCACCUCUUCACAGAUGUCCAGUGUAAAGUGUGCAAUGCAGUACUCAUUUCUGAGUCCCAGAAACUCGCCCAUUAUCAGAGCAAGAAACAUGCAAACAAAGUGAGGAGAUAUACAUCUAUUCACAAAGAGGAGGAAUUUAAUGAUGGGAAAAAAUUGAAGCUAGAUUCAAAACUUCCAUCAAAACUCCCCAUGAAUGCCCCUGGCCUCAGUGAAGACAAUAGUGACACAUCUGAUCCAGAUAAAUUCUGCAGCCUCUGCCAUGCCACUUUCAACAACCCCUCCAUGGCCAAGCAGCACUAUGUUGGCAAGAAGCACAAAAAACAGGAGACCAAAGUCAAACUGAUGGCUCAUUAUGGCAAGAGCAAGGACUCCCCGGUAACAGCUUCAGAAGCUGGGUGGGGCUACCCCUGCAACACAUGCAAAAUCAUACUGAAUUCCAUAGAGCAGUACCAGGCGCACAUCAGUGGCUUCAAGCACAGGAACCAGAUGAACGAGACUUGAACAAUUCUGUAGACAGCAGAAAAGGAGUGAGUCAAGAAAGACUGGAGAUACUUGAGAUGAACAGAUUGCCUAAUGGAGCAAGGU